UUCUGUGGCGCUAUCGGCGACAUCGAACAUUUCACUUGUGUUGAUUUCUGAAACUUGUUCAUCUGAGGCACUUCCACAAGGCGUUAUCUCCGUUUUCGUGCUGCAAUAAUGUUUAGCCGGCACUGUCCUUAGUAUCAACGCCACCUUGUAUUCUAUGAAGAAAAAAAAGAAAGAGAUAGUAACAUACAGAAAUCAUCAGCACCAAACGCUAAACAAAGUGCAUCAAUAGCUUCCAGAAACUGCUCCGUAUAGACUGUUUCAUUUGGUAUGGCCGCUGUCUGGUCUAGAAAGGACUUGCGGCUGCCAGCGGGAGGCAUGGGCGCGCCACGUCUCAGUCAGCGGAACCGCGGUCCGCCGUGCGCGCGAAUACGCGCGUGCACGGCGAUGACUAAGCACCUGCGGUCUCCGAGCGUCUCCGUCUGGGCCGCUCGUGAGGAGGCGCUGGCGACCCUCCCCCUCGUGCUGCAGUGCGCGGCCGGUGGCGCCGCCCCUCCGCGCGCGCGCACUGCUUGGGCCCUCCCCUCGUGCUGGCGAUCGUCCUCGCUGCUGCCACUCGUGCGGGCGGCUUCAAGCGGCGCUGGACGUGUGGGCCACCGUUGCGGGCGUUGUGCGGCAGAGCGGAACCACUCCGGGAACCUCGUGGCUGCUCCGUUCGGGACGCCGGCGGGAGUCGUGGAGCAGUGGAGACGCGAGGAAAGCGAUGCCGCCUGUGGGCUGCGGUGCUAGGAGGCCUGAGUAAGUCCGGUCGAGGCUGAGAGAAGAGAUAUCGGGACUCGCUGCCAGUAUUCGUAUACUAUGAUGGCGGCCUGGACGCGCUUCGUGGUGUUUCGGGAGGUGUGCUUGGCAACCAUUUUGGUGGCGGCAGCAGCAGCAAUAUUGGUGGCCCCAUUAGCCUCCACAUCGGACCUUCCUGCUGAGCCGGUUGGCAGCGGAGAGUACUCGGAGGCAGACAAUGGUGACUACGCCGAGGAAGAUUCUAAGGAUCCCAGCAUCUUUGGCUCGGACUACGACGAAGGAAGCGGAGAUUUCGACAACCUGCCACCAAUCCUACCACCCCUGAUACCUUAUGGAAUCAUGGCGAAAGCAGCUGAGGCUACAGAAACCUACGAAGCCACGACUCCAGAGACCCACUAUAUCGACAGAACAUCUGCAAAAACAGAAUUUGACGUGAUUUCGGAGCUGGACAUGUGCUACUGUACCGCCAACUCCACUACUGCCCGGGGUCCUGCUGGCCAGGAUGGCAAAGAUGGUCCUCCCGGCUUGCAGGGUCCUCCUGGUCCGAUGGGUUUGCAGGGUCCACCAGGACCGCAAGGGCCACAAGGACCACAGGGCGUUCCCGGACAACAGGGUCCAGCAGGACAGCCCGGAAUAGAUGGUUUGCCAGGAAUACCCGGACCGAGGGGCUUGCCAGGUCCCCCUGGACAGCCAGGUCCUUCGGCCCCGAGAAUAUUUGAGUUGGACAACGGCUACACGUCGGGACUGUUCAGCGGUGCAGGCCCGUUCAAUGGCAGACCCGGCCCGGGAGGACCGCAGGGCUUGCCGGGACCUCGAGGUCACCAAGGUCCAAAGGGUGACCAAGGGCCUCCUGGACCGAAAGGACGAGACGGGCAUCAGGGACCACCCGGUCCACGCGGGGAACAGGGUCUGGCGGGCUUGCCUGGUCUUCAUGGACCGAGGGGACCCAUGGGACCAGAAGGACCGCAGGGACCGAAGGGUGAACCCGGAGUGGGCCUGCCAGGACCUCCCGGUCCACCAGGUAGCGUGUACGCCGUGCCACGAGACAGUGAGCUCGAGUUUGGCAGCAGCAGUCUCUCAUACCUUCCUGGACCAAAGGGCGAUAAAGGAGACAGGGGAUUUACUGGACCACAGGGACCACAAGGAAGAAUGGGCCCCAAGGGUGAGCCUGGACUGGACGGCAUCCCCGGUGCGGCUGGAUCUAAAGGAGAUCGUGGUGAACCGGGUCUCAUUAACUACCAGGAAUUCGAAGGGAAAACUGUCAUAUUAGAGAAGGGCGAGAAAGGCGAACGCGGCCGCCGGGGACGCAGGGGCCCGCCUGGACCUCCGGGAGCCCUCGUCGACGAACACGGAAGAAUGGUUGCCGAAGGACCGCCUGGACCCAAAGGAGAGCCCGGAGAAUCGGUGAAAGGAAGCAAGGGUGAGCCAGGCCAGCCGGGACCACCGGGGCUGGGCACGUUCCUGGGAGCGGAUGGCCUCACAUACGUGACAAGGAACGAACGGGGUGAACCUGGCCCACGUGGGCCUCCAGGAGAGCGGGGACCCAUGGGAUUCCCAGGGCUCAAGGGCGAAAGGGGUGAAAGUGGGCCGCCUGGACCUCCAGCUUAUGGAUCAGGCCGUGGAGAAAAGGGAGAACAGGGACCCCCAGGGCCACCCGGACCCCCUGGGUUGAGCCAUUGGUCCGACACUUCUAACACGAUCAACACGAGAGGGGGACAGAUCGUUCCUGGACCUCCAGGACCUCCAGGCCCUCCGGGGCCGCCUGGUCCUGCAUAUAUGCCACCCAAGAACACCGUCCCUCCGCCCUCCAUCGUCCCAGGGGCGGUGACGUUCAAGAACAUGGAGUCGCUACUGCGCAUGUCCGACAUCAGCCCCCUGGGAACACAGGCGUUCGUGCUCGACGAGGAGGCACUACUCGUCCGUGUCAGCAGUGGCUGGCAAUACGUGGCUCUCGGAUCUCUGGUACAGCUACCCAAGAAGACGACAACGACUACGUCAACAGCAUCGCCACUGUUGCCGCCAGAUAGUCUGCGACUCGACGGAUCUGCACCAAAGCUUCGCGUGGCGGCAUUGAACCAGCCGUGGACGGGCGACCUGCACGGGGUGCGGGGCGCCGACUACGAAUGCUACCGCCAGUCCCGGCAGGCGCACCUGCGGGGGACGUUCCGCGCCCUGCUGGCGUCGCGGGUUCAGAACCUCGACAGUAUCGUUCGGGCCAAGGACGCCGACCUGCCGCUGGUCAAUCUCAAGGGCGAGGUGGUGUUCAACUCUUGGCGAGAGCUCUUUUCCGGCGGUGGUGGCAUGUUCCCUUACCCACCGAGGAUCUACUCAUUCGAUGGCCGCAACGUCAUGACCGACAGUACCUGGCACCGCAAGAUGGUAUGGCAUGGCGCUGACGUGCUGGGAUCCCGCGACAUGGAGAACUAUUGCGACGCGUGGCACUCGGGCGCUCCCGCCCGCUAUGGCCUCGCCUCCUCUCUUUUGGGAUCGCAGGCGCGACUGCUUGGUCAGGAACGCCACUCGUGCGCCAGCAGCUUCGUGGUGCUGUGCGUCGAAGUCACCAGCCAGCAGCACGACCAACUGGAACAGCAGCACGGAAGGCGGCGCAAACGUCACUCGGGUGGCGGCGAAGAAGGCAACCGCUCGCUGUCUCUCACAUCCCACCAAGCGGUCGCGGCUGAAAGCGACAGUUCGGAAAAAAAGCAAUCGGCACUGCAUUCUACUUGGGAGGAAUGGUGGAAGUCUCUGUGGCACUGAGGAUGAAACAGCGAGGACCGAAAGAUUACGAGCAAUGAUAAGGUCGCGUUUUCAUCCAAUGCACAGCAGCAUGAACACUCGUCUUUCUGUUCUUCCUUUCUUUCUCAGCUGGAUAGAUAAACCUCCAGAGGGGUCACAAUCAUUUAAUUGCGCAUUGAAAUACCGAUGACAAGUUAGACAGACGAUUACAAAAAUGAUAUAUGAUAUACAAUGAUAAAUCGUGCAGUUGGAUGAGAAAGCACUGCGUACAUAGAUUUCAAGCAGCUAAUUACGCCAGUAGUUUUCUCCCGAGAAGGGCUAAGCGUUGCACCGUGAGCAGUCGUUCGCGGUAUAGGAUUAAAGCUUCAUAUUGGAAUGUACGUAUGCGUAUAGAAGCCGGCAAGCACGUUACAGGAAAGUGGGGGCGAUUAAGUGCCGCUGAAUAUUUACCAAGCUGACAGCUGCGUCAGCAAAACGGAUCAUUUUAACGUAGCAUGGUUUAGUCGAUAGUAUUCGUGGCCACACUGCCGAACAGUGAGUGCGCAGAUGAUCUCACAUAAGUGUCAAAUAUUGGACUGCCACGGACCCACAAGCCUGAUGCCGAAGGCCUAAGAAUGGACUGCAGCAAAUGCGCAAGCAAGCAUUCACUGGUAAAUGGCACAGCUUUAAUUUGCUGCGUAAUUUUUCUCGCCGCCAGGCGAACUCUAAAUAUUAAUAUCGGUGAGCAGGUGACUAUUUGGCUUGAUGAUAGUCCUCGCCGGUUUACGCAUCACUUGUGAAGUGAGAAGCGAUCAGUGUGUAGUUGUGAAAACGUGUUCGCCAGUUCAUUUUUCUUGCUAUGUUGCAUGAUAAAUGCACGAAGCGUUCCCCCCAGUGGCCACACACGUACUUGCUUAUAUUUAUUUGUUUCGCUCAGGUCAGGUAAUGCCAGGCCCACGAAGAACGCGAAGAAAGUAGCUUACAAAAAUACGAAUGUUUUCUUUCUGCUGGCCAUAUUUCACACUUUCUUGUAUCACUGAAAAGAGGCAGGUGCUUUUUAUGAGCGCUGCAUCGAGAGGAUGCUCAAUGCAAACGUUGGCACAGCUGCCUGUAGGGAAACCGUGUCCAAUGAAACGAGCGAUGCGCACAGUGCCAGAGCAUGUCAUAGCGAAGCUCCUGCGAGUACGAUCCACGGCCUUGUCUCAUGUGUGCUGUGCUCGGCUAUACGCGUGACACGCUGCGAAUGUUCGACGAUUGUCGGGAGUUAUUGUGUCAAACAAAACUUCGACGAGUUUUUCACUCACUCUAGCAUGAUUUGUUGUGACACACGCCGGAGGGUGACGUUAGUACACGACGUGAAUGAGCUCCUCUUGAAAUCAUUCGAAUGAUAUGAGCUUCCAGUAAAAAAAAAAAGAAGAAAAGAAAACUGCGGGAGCUAUAAAUACGGACAACGGAGGAACACAGGACAAGCGCUGCAGGUCCUGUGUUCCUGCCUUCUCCGUGUUUAUCUCGCGCUGCUUUUUUUCGCCGAUGGAUUCGUACCAACUAGCUCGCAUUCAUACCUUUUUUAAGAUACGAUACGAGCGCUGCCCACGGAAGUUGCAGAAAGGCGGAAACCACGAGAAAGAAAACGGAAUUUCGAUGCGGCGCUCGGGUAGAAAAUGGGCGGUGUAUUGCGCAUCCUUCGCUACACAGUCGUGGCCCUAAAAUGUUCUCUUAGUGUCAUUACGGUGUUCAGGCAAUUUCUGCGAGUAGCUGCAGGUUCGUUUAUUCUUGUAAAGAGACCAGUUUUACUGACGCUCAUUUAGCUGCACGCAGGGUGCGUUCAAGCAAUGUGGUCAUCGUAUUCUGUGACCGAAUUCGCGUCUUGAUUUUUCUUUUUUCCAGAGUAAGUGCGAACCGUAUCGCAUGGCGCGUUGUGCGACGCUUUCUUUGCGCAUCUAAUUUAUCCAACUGCCGGUUUAUUUCCUCCUAUGAGCUAUUUUGUCUCUGAUCUUGCCGACAUCACGACAGCGUUAGAUCUAGGUUGGCCUACUUGUUCAACAGCUUUGAAAUAUAAGUUAAUAUAAAAAUCUCACCGUACCAGUUGUACUCGCAGGAAGGCCCUGAAGUGAAAGCUUGUCAGUGAGUUGUUUUUUUAACACACUGUGCGUCACCCCCGCGUGAAGCUGUCGACCAUUGUCGGAAUAUGCGGAGGAAGUUUCCACGGUUGUCGCAUUAAUUGAAAUUGAGAUUACCCGCAGUCCAAGCAAUUGGAGCUAAUUGUACGAUGCAGUAUUACGAUUUCAUAAAACAUAGCUGUCUGCACAAGGCAAAUGGCCAGGCUUCUACACGUCCAUUCACGGUCACAGAUAGCAUGACAUAGCAGGCAUCCAAUAGGUCACAGUUCGAAAUGUCUAUAGCGCCUGCGUUUUCUUGUUUCUUGCCAUUCGGUGCAGUUCGAACGUUUCAUUCACCUUGCACCGUUAAGUGCGAACAUGGAAACCGGAGUUGACGGUUCACUCGAUAUUUCAUGAUUUCCUGAAAAUGCAGCCGCACAAGUGCGCAGUUUGUGUGUCUGCGGCUUGCAUGGUCGAUGGAUCGUAAAAAAACACGAUUCUUUCUCCAUAACCUUAAUCUUUUUUAAGCACAUUCAUCAAUCGAGACACAAGCACUGUUCGCGUUACGAAAAAGUGAUAUCUAUACACGUACCCUCGUUUCACGUUGCCUUCUUAUCUUCCCUGUGUUGCACCACAUGUCGCGAGACAUCGUAUCUCUAGUGCACAAAAACGCGUGUCCUUUCUUGGAACUCAAUGAAGCCUUUUUUGAAUUAUGCCCAAGAUUUUAGGUCAUAUUCCUCCUUUGCUGUAGAGGUCUAAACAGCACAAAUGCUUUCUUGGUCUGCUUCAUCUGAAAAUAGCCAUCUGUCAGAUAUCAGUAGCAGCUGCUGGGACAGAUUAUGUGUUCUGUGUUUGUGUGUGUGGUUGCCAUGGGAUGUCAGUAUUUUGUGUCAGAAUGCCGGAGCAGCAGACUAACACGUGCCACUUCGACGUAUUCUGGUUAAGGUGCUCUUCGUGAUAUGAUAACAGUCGUCUCGCAGGACUGAAUACGCGUGUGAUCUAGUCUUUCAUGCCUGUGCAAAUUUCUAACCACUGUCUUGUAGUUUGCCAUCAGCCCUCUGUCGAUGUGUUAAUUAUCAGCCGGAGUAGAAAUUACGCGAUCACAAGCGGUUGAAGGAAAUAUUAUCUGCGGUUGCAAGCGAAGGGAAGCUACGCUAGAGACCCGCUGAGGCGACAUUUUCUUCACUGAUGAUUCAAGGUUGCAAGUUUCUUUUUCUAUCGCUAAAAAUUGUUGCUCAACGAGAAGACACUCACUUUUUUUCGUUUCUGUAUUAACCUUUCUUUCUAGAAAUAAUUUCAUAUAGCUUUCACAACUACAUUUGCAACCAAUGUUUGUAGCCACAAUGUCGCUAAGAAGUCGCAUUGCGAAGAAAAAGAAACUUUCCGCUAAAUCUGGAUUUUAACUUUCCCCUUACGCAUUGAUAUACUAAAUUACAUGAACUGGGAAAAACAAAUUCCUCCGCGCUUUUUCAGCCGUAGCUUGCAUGUACGAUUGUAUUUCCUACUGAAAUUUCAGAGGUCAGUUAAAAGCCAUCAAUUCGUGCUAAUUUUAUAACUGAAGUUCGAUACAAUGCCAACAUCGAGAUAUAUGAGCAUAAAGCUUUCGACGCCAAAUAUUGUUGUUUCAGGAUUUCAAGAGGUCCCAUACGAAAUAAAUGCAGCUAGUAAUAUAAGUGGCAGCAACGCGAAUAUGACAAUAUUAGUAUUACCAGUAGCACAUAUUGCAACAACAAAAAGAUAAAGCUGGGUGAUAUGACGAUGCAAUUACGAAUGAAAUUGAGGUUUCCAAUGUUUAUGAGAUAGAGUGUGUGACUAUAGCAACUAAGUAUUAGUGUUUAGAUUAUUACAUAGCACCAAUGUAUGCUAUUGUCGGAAUGUCAAACUUAGCGCAAAUUUUGAGGAAAAGAAGAGCGAUGACGCUUUAAUCUUCUCUUUCGUCAUCUUGAUCUCGGGCUUGCGCUGAACGAGAGCAAGAAUUAAGAGUUCCAGUCAGCCGACCUAUUGUAUCAUUGGCUAUAAUUAACUGCUUUAGAUACAUGUCGUGUCGAGGCGGGAAUUUUAUUUAGCGAACCCGAUUCUUAUUCACGAUACUUGUCAUUCGCCGCCCACCAUUCGCCAUCGCUUCACGGAUGCUCUCGUCGUCACGUCGGCAGCUGCUAACACUAACCCCAGCCAAUGAGGCGCCGAUCUUACGUAAGAGAAUUUCUGUGAAUCCAGGACCUCGUUUGGUUCGUGUUUAUCUGGUGAACUUGUUGACAUAACCCGGAAAGUUCAUUAUUGAGGUAUGAAUAUCGGUAACAAGUCAGUUUUGUAGGCAUUGCCACAAUUGUUGACACAGUAAGAAAUUUCAACUUGAAAAAAGUAAUACAUAUCAUCUUGAAUGCGUGUGCUUUAUUAUAAAGCAUGCGCACAUUGCUUAUGCGUGCUGCACUUAAGAAGAGCUCUUUACACUACUUUGGAGUAAGUAUCCACUACGAAGCAGAGAAAUUUCGCGUUCUAAAAAAUCUGGCCGAUAAGGUUUUACGCGAGGAUUCAUGGAGCCGUAAGGAAGGAAUGAAAUGUUCUCCCAAAGAUUUCUCACUGAUUCAAUGAAAAGAAGGAUAAAACAAUCUUUCAUAAUAUCAACCUAUAGUUGUCGUCAGUGCCGUAACAACUAUUCAUUUCGGUGGAGCGUUACACUUGAAGAGGAGAAAACAUAUAUUUCAGAACACAUGCCAUAAUUCUGCAGAGUGACUUCAUUCAAUUAUUGAGUACAGCAGUUGUUGACAUGAAAACUACUACAUAUCGAUGGCAGAACUUGACAAGUGUGGGGCUAACGACUCGGAAAACAUCAUUUUGUUGCAUUUACAAAAAAAAAAAAAAGCUGUUUUAUAUACUGAGACAGGCAUGGUGAAAUGACACACGCUCUGCUGUACUCUCUCAAAUUUUAUAGAUGCACAGGGCCUGUAUUUAUACCGUUAGAGUCAGAACUUACCCAAGUACAUGUAGUAAAGUGACCACUGUACAUAAAUCAAAUUUGUACGCUAUAAUGUCCAGCAGGAGUGCGCUUUUUCUUCAUUUUAAUAUGUGCGUAGGCCCAUUUUCUUUUACUAUAGACGAGAUGGUAAAAAAAAAAAAAGUGUGCCGCAAUGCUGUUUUCGUUAUUUGUACUCGUCUUGUGUACGAGUACAGACAGGCUGCCGGAGGUCCGCAAGAGGCGUAGCUGUUCGAAACGUAAAAAGAAUAGUUUCUACGGAGAAACUGUAAUAGAGCGUUUCAGGGGAGCCAUGAAACAGAAAUCGCAGCUUAGUUCAAUCUUUUGCUAGAGUUCUGCUAAGUUAGGAAUAAGUGGGCUCUUGCUGCAGGUAGUUUAAACACAAUUCUUGAUUGAAGCAAAUGCUUCCAAGGCAAUAGCAUAUCAGAUGUCUUAGUAAGAUUGCGAAGGAAUAAGGGAACAACAACGUCCAAGAAUGGUUUGUUUCGCUUUUCUCGUAAUGACAUGGUCUAAUUCAUUUGCACCCAUAAUGCAAAAGAACAGGUGUUUCCCAUGGGUCCCAAGGUUAUGGAAUGACUAUGAGAUAGGCUGCCGCCCACCUAUGUUGUUCUCUGUUGUUACACGAACAGUCGCUUAACCUGCAGAACACAAACAUUCUUGAUGAUUUCACUCUGGAUUAAACAUUUAUUUCUGCUCAAAUAACGCGAACGCUCUUUUUUAUAAGUCGCAUUUUUUUUAUUUAUCGCAAUCGCUGACUAAGCUGGUGUAAGGAUGCGGAAGUCACCCUAUGCACAACUGGCUUUAAAAAUCAGAAAUAAAACUAAUGCUGAGAAUUAGCGUAGAUACAUAAUAUGCCACGACUAUCUUUCGGAGACCACCACGUUUUCUUUUCUUGUUUUUUUUUUGGUAUCUACACGUAACAAUAUUCGGGAAGCUUUUCGCCGUUCUAUUGGAAAACAGCACCUGCGCAUUUUCCUGUUAAACACGGCACAUCGUCGACCAGGCAAUGUUGACAAAAUCGUUGUCAAAUAGCAGGCAACCGAACCAUUGUUCACACAGUUUCUCGACAACGCAUACUGCGGUUGGCGUGGUUCAUGCCGAGUCUUAAAGAUAAUCUGACCAUUGCAUGUUUCUAAACCGCCUUGCAGUUGGCGUGUCAAAAAAGAGUCAGGUAUUGACACAUGUUCUGCGAAUUACCAAAUGCUGCAGUGAUCUUGUUUUAAUCGUUGUUGUCUACAUGUGUUCACUGACAACGCAUAAUUAGAAUUACUUGGAAUGAUUCAGUCAAGUGCAAUCGUUCUCAAAACUCUUCGUCUAGAUCCGCGUCUUCAGAGUAUUUCAGGCUACAAUUCUACGAUUCCAAUUCUACGAGGCUACGAUUCCAAGGCUACAAUUAGGAUAAGAGAACGAAUAAUUAAUUAUUGUAUUAGUGACGCUGCAGUCAGGAUCGGCCUAUUUUGUCGGCAAUGAAGUGCGAGAAUGUGUUUCUAAUCGAGUGCGUCGCUUGUUACACAGCAACUGUGCCGCUAAGAGCGAAUUAGGUAGGUUUCUGCAUAUGGCAGAAAAAAAAUACCUCUUGGCCAAACAUUUUUAACCUCCUAGCGGUUAAUUGAUCUAGCAAGUGAGAAUGCGCCGGCACUGGCCGUAUUAAAGCUACUACGGCAUGUGUCUACCACGAACUUUUCAGCUUACUACAAAGUAAAAAAAAAGCUUUCAUCUCUUUAAAACUUCCCUCUUCACAUCAUGUAAUAGCUGUUCUGCACGAUUACUUCUGAAGAGUAAGGAAGAGGCUAAGCUGAGACGCCGUUACCACGGGCGCACAAUGUCAUUGUAAUGUUUUUGACAUUGCGACACUGUCGAGUUGACUUCUGCAUGCGCACAGCUGAUUGAAAUAUGCCUCCAACGCGAAGGGAAAGGUAGUGAGAUGAAAUAUAAAAUUGAGCUUAUUUUGGCCAAUCGGAUAUCACCGUCCAAUAAAAUCUUCAGAAAUGUUAGCAGCCGUUAUAAUCUUUUACCCAAUAUACUUUUAGCAUAUCUUAGGAAAAUUAAUUGAACAUUAACCUAAGCUUUAUGCUUCCAGCUAAAGAAAUACAAUUUCAGUGAUUGAAUACGAGAAGAGACAAUGCAGGUAGAUUGGCUCACCUCUUCUGAUUACCAAUAUUGUUUUUUAUCGCGUUUGCUUCCUGUAAUGCGCUUGAGAGCAGCGUACAAAAUGCUGUGAGCAAAUAAUCAUAAUCUGUUUGGCGAGAGUCUGUGUUGAAACCACACGAAGGCGCAAGGAAUGAAGCCAGCCAUAUUGUUUCAACUGCCAUAGAAAUGCGCUUUAUUACGCGAAUCGACAUCAAUACAAUUUCACAUGUAUUCUUCUCGCCGCCCUGCAGCUGACAUAGUAGAGUUAUUCAGCAACUUGCAGACAUGGAACAUAUACUUUUGGAAAACGACUGCGUCGUUCGCUACACAUUUCUUUAAACUCUACGAUUGAGGUGAUAGGAGACACUGUACGCACAGACAAGCAUGUUUCGAGAAAGUGACACCACCGUGACAGCAGCAUAUGAAUGCUUACUCUAGUCGAUAGCCUAUGGUCAUGAAUGAUUGCUGCAACAACUCAGAACCAAUGUUUAACAAGCGCCAAAGUUAUGGCAUCACUACUGGUAACUGGCAUUGACAAGAACACUAACAAAUUUGGCUUGAACGUUUGCAGUAAAAAUUCAGGACGGAGAGAUAUUUAUGUAAUAGCAGUGCUUUAGAUUUGAUAUUUAUGCAUCUCCAAGAGCGAAACCACCUUCUAUUUUUUUCUAACCUCGUGACAUUUCCAAGCUUCACUGACAAUAACCCCAACACAGCAUCUCAAAACAUGGCUUCCUGAGUUUUAGAUAUGUAAAAAUGCAGGUGGCAGCAACGAAGUAUUAAACGACCACGGCGGCCGCAUUUUGAUGGGGGCAAAAUGCGCGCAAAUCCGCGUACUUAGAUAUAGGUGCACGUUAAAGAACCCCGGGUGGCCCAAAUUUCCUGAGUCCCCCACAACGGCGUGCCUCAUAAUCUGGUCGUGGUUUGGCACGUAAAGCCCCAUAAUUUUUUUACGUAUCAACCGGCAAGAAAAUGUCACUGCGCGUACAAAACCGCCAAAGCGACUGGCAGAAGUCGUGUACGUGCCUAAAGUUCUAUUGGCUCUUGCACAUAAACGACACAGUUACAUCCCCGAUUGAAACCAGAUUGUUCCGUAAUCGACAAACUUAGUACAGCUGAAAAUAUUAGUAUCCUGCGCGUAUAGCCCGUUGUGGAAGCCGGUAGACGCCCUGAUGUUUAUACAACCGUUCUCUGCUUUUUGAGAAGUGUUUUACAUCACUGGGAACUGAACAGCAUUUUGUACACGAGUGUGCUUCUUGAGCAAAGCUAUACAGCAGAAGGCGGGAUGGGGCGCGUAAGUCUCUCCACUUUUGCAAGUGUUCCUAAACAUUACACUGAGUGAACAGUAACCUACGCGAGCAUCGUCAACACCUGUUUGUGUGUGUGUGUGUGUUUUGUCCACCUUGAGCUGGAGGGGUUAAUUGUAGACAGCAGCCUGUUUGUGAGCCAUAGUCAACAUUUCUCGGCUACGCGCUGUUGCUUUGCUAGCUUAUCUCGAAUAUGUGCCAAAUAAGAUCAACGCUGUUUUUUUCAGUAGCAGGAGAUUGCUUUAUGGUGUACACAACCGUCUGCGACAAUCAGGGAGACACUUGGGACGGGACACUAUUGAGCCGAUAAAUCCUUAUGAGAAUUUUUUUUUUUUCCUAUCGCUCAUUUUUACUGACUAGCAUGCAAUCCGAGCAUACCAAACAAACCAAGUGUGGGUAAACUUUAACGUAUGGUUGAAGUUGUGACAGGAUGCCUAGCUAAUAAUUAAGUGGGGAGCGUUCGAAAUAAAAGUUUAAUUCCGCUCGUCCGAUCUGUAUGGUUACGCAUUCGGCACACUCUCACUUUAGCUCCCUAUUAUCAGCUGCCUGGAGCUAGGAAAAAUACACAGGCAUAAUUGAGCGAGAGAGAUAACACUCAGCUAAAAUAGACUAACAUAGGUAACAGAUUUUCAUUUUUUUUUUCUACGCGUGUUAAUGUCGUCUUGCAGAGUAGAAAUCGGCAAGAAAGCGCCCAAAUCCCUACUCUAGCCAUCCUUUUACAGUUCCCACUUUCAGAAAAUGAACUUUAAUGUAUAGCGCUCCGCUUGGCAUCGCCCUUCAAACUUGGUUGCAGUUUGGUUUCUUUCUUUCUUUUUGACAGCAGGCGCAGCAACCUUUUGAAAAAAAAAAAACUUGCUUUUUGCUUCAACACAUCUACAUGUGGUGUCAUCUGUGAAAGCACUGUUUGUAUUUACACAUGAGGCUAUCACAGAUUAGACAAGUGCGCUUUAUGGCUAUUUGAGUCACUUUGAAUGAAGCAUUUAUGAAAUUUGGGAAUGAGUAAGAUGGAAUGUCCUAAACACAGAUGCAUUAGCGCGCCGCACGCUUGGCCGGGAAAGUUCACUUGGUGUGUGCAUGUCUAUAGUUGCGUCCGUGCCCUGUUUGGUUUCGACGUUUUCGUUUUUUGAGUGUGAUAGUAGGUCACCGUAGAAGUGAGUAAACGCCAACACGUAAAGCAAUAUUGAUCCUUUAGUCGUUUAGGAAUUCAAUGUCUGUAACUCGUGCUUUACCGUGGAAUAAACAUCUCUUUUAUGUGAAACGUC